UAUAGCUAUAGAUAUUGUAUUUAAUUUAGUAUUAGAUCAGCUUCUCCAGAUUUGAUCAUUUUAUUUAAGGUUUUUUAUCUAUGAUUUAAUUAUUUAUAUUUAUAUAUUUUUGUAUGAAGAAAUUAUAGUGUUAUUUUGCGUGAUGGUGUUAUAGAUAUAUACUUUAAGGAAUAAACAGAAUGAACGUAUCUUAUAAAAAAUAUAAAUUUUACACUUUCUCUGAUGAUACAAUGGACGAUGAUUCAGAUGAAAGGGACACAAAAAGGAAAUCUCGGAAUUUAAGCGAAAAAAAAAGAAGAGACCAAUUUAAUGUUUUAGUAAAAGAACUGAGCUGUAUAGUUUCGGCGAAUGAGAGAAAAAUGGACAAAUCCACUGUUUUAAAAUCGACCAUUUCAUACUUAAAGAAUCAUAAAGAAUUCGUAGUUAGAACAAGAGGUAAUGGGGCAGAGACUAAUUGGAAACCGACAUUCUUAAAUUACGAAGAAUUUACCCAUUUAGUAUUGGAAGCAGUAGAUGGAUUUAUCAUUGUAUUUUCCACAACGGGUCAUAUUUACUAUGUGUCGGAGAAUAUAACUUCUUUAUUAGGAUAUUUAUCAAAUGAUAUAUUAUCUAUGACAAUUCAUGAACUUGUAACAGACGAAGAGUAUAGCGAUCUAUGUAAAUUACUAGUUAGAUCCUCUAAGGAGGGAAUCAAUGUUUCUAUUACAUGUCAUUUAAGAAGAAGGUUAAAAUUUCAAGAAAGAACUUGUCAUGAAUUGGUGCAUUUUGUUGGAGAUUUUAAGUUUAACAAAGAAGAAAUGCAUAUGGACAACGAACUCCAUGGAAAUUCCAGAAUUCCAGAUAAGAGUUUAGUCUUUAUUGGUACUGGCAAAUUGCAAACCCCUAUGCUACUAAAAGAAAUGCUGUUAGUUGACUCCCGAAAACCAGAAUUUAUAUCCAGACAUAGCUUCGAAUGGAAAUUCUUGUUCUUAGAUCAUCGAGCUCCUGCAAUUAUAGGGUACUUACCGUUCGAGCUUCUAGGCACUUCAGGCUAUGAAUAUUACCACAUGGAUGAUAUUGAAAAAUUGGUUCGUUGUCAUCAGUCCUUAAUGCGAAAAGGUGAAGGUACAUCUUGCUGCUACAGAUUUCUUACUAAGGGACAACAGUGGAUAUGGUUGCAAACAAGAUUCUAUAUCACCUACCAUCAAUGGAACUCAAAACCGGAAUUUAUAGUAUGCACACAUCGGGUAAUUAGUUAUCAUGAUGUCGUUAUACAAAAGAAACAUGACUACAUGGAACCAGACCAGUCAUCUUCAGAGGCAGAGUCAACUGUAGUCCAACAUUUAUAUUAUCAGCCCAGACCUAUCUCUAAAGAAGAGCCGGACUGUACUUGUACGUCUAUGUCUGCCGAUUCACCGACUUCAAGACUUUCUGAUAUAACACAGUCAAUGAGCACUGAUAUCCCAUCAGUAACCUCUACUCAAUAUGAGGUGCAAGCGGAUCUACAACGCAAACAAGUACAACUUAAAGCGAUCAUAGAUCGACAGCAACAAGAACUGAAAAGAGUGUCUGAACAAUUGUUUAUGGCUCGACUGGGUAUUCUACAUCAACAUCAGCAACCAACAUCACCACAAUCACCAAAAAUCAGUAGCGGGACAGUUAGCAGUACUACAGCACCUAUUUCUUCAGUGUCCAGUGCGCUUAUUGGUUCUUCAUCUGUAAUAGUACAAACUUCAGCUUUCUCAAAAAAACCUAUUAUUUUAUACAAAACCCCUAACUCAAAUACUCUAAAGAAACAAUAAUUAAAUGCAUAAAAAAUUAGACAUCUUAAGGUAUAGGGAGCAGAAUAGUAAAGAAAUUAUUGUAAAGAAUUUUAACUCUGUUUUACGACUCAGGGAAGAUUUCGACAGAUGGUGGCAGAAAAAAGGCAGA